CUCAUACAAGCAUACAAACGGCACCGGUUAUUCUUAUAUCAAGUUCAAUUUGUAUGAUUCAAGUCAUUGAAUACAUAAAAUUAAUCAUGUAUGAUUAUAUAAUUAUAUAAUCACAAAAGUUGGACUUCAUAUCUCUUGAGAUAUCAAUACAUUCUCAACUUCUCUAUAAUGGACGACUUUCUCCUCUUUACAUCUAUCCGAUACGAUCCUCAACUCCUUCAAGCACCGAGCCUCGGCUUCACCAAUAUAGGAUGGAACCAAGAACCCUCUCCAUUUUAUAUGCUUGAUUUCCACCGGGACCGCAUGCUAAGGGCUGCAAUCCACUGGAAUUGGACUCCUGCCAUUGCCAAGAUUUCCGGGUCUGAGGGUCUAGAGACUCUACGGAUAUUCUUGCAAAGUAUCACUAGUGAAGCCAGCAAUGGUCCCCAUCGGCUGAUGAUUACUUUGGCUCGGGAUGGGACUUUAGCUCACCAAAUAUCCCCCCUUCCAGAAACCCAUAUAAAUAACUUCUUUCCCAAACACUUGCCUAGACCAGGUCCAGAAAACUCGGUUCAGUCUAAAAACGAGUUGUUCCCAGUAAAAGAGCCAAUAUACGAAAUUAUCCUUGAUAGUCUCAAGACAGCAAAAUCCCAAUUUACUCAUCACAAGACCACUUAUAGGGAUGUGUAUAAUGAUGCGAGAAAGCGAGCUCAGAUAGCCCCAGGAGACAAGAAAGAGGUGCUUCUCAUCAAUGAUGAUGGCUAUAUCAUGGAGGGUACUAUCAGUACACCUUACUUUUGGAGGGACGGGAAAUGGGUCACCCCUCCCGUCUCUGGAAACUUCAAUCCCUCACAGGGGAGCGGUGGAAAUGACGGGACUACUCGAAGGUGGGCUUUAGAAAGGAGUCUCGUCACCGAGCAACCCGUUCCUGUUGAUUCACUGGUCGAUGGUGAAGAAUGCUGGAUAAGUAAUGGGCUUAGAGGCUUUAUAUUUGGAGAAGUGAAAAUGUAAAUGUACUGAAUCCUUUUUGCCAUCGAUACCCCUGUCACAUAACACUUUCAUCCCCAACUCACCCUCAUGCUCCUCCUUCCCUGGUACAACAGGAGGCUCAUUAGGUAGGCAGGUGCUAUAGGAACUACGAAGCUUGACUAAAGUAUAUUAACGUCUGACAUGUUUCCUCUUUUACAUACGCUAUCAGUUUCACAUACAGCAUAGUAGUCAGUCACUAGAGUGCUUCAUAAUAAAACUAACUGUAACUUGCCUGUCCUUUCCCUUGGAUGUAGGAGGCAGGAGCAAGAUGGAUACAAGAGCUACCUAAUAUUCAACGUACACGUACAGUCUGAAGGUCAACUUUUCUCUUAUUUUCCUAAAUCAUUUUGCUCUCUUUCUCUCUCCUCUUCCACCUUCAUCCAACAUACAUAGCACCGCUGUCCUACUCACUUCAAUUAUAUAUCAGGCCUAUAGACAUUCUUAGCAAUUCCAUUAUUAACAACUAAACCUACA